CAGUGAGUUGGUCGCUCCCUCUUUCUUCACUGUGCGGGACUGUAUGGUGACGGAGAAUGAAGGGAGAGUAGUCGCAGUGCAAUUUAGCGACAUAUUCCGUAACUAGUCAGUGCGUCACAGCUGUCGCCUGUAGAGGUCCAAUCUCACCAGUCAGCACCAGCAGUUACCUUUUAACCUCCGUUCUGAGCACAACAACGCCGCUGCCAUCACAGCCAUAUCCAUCCACCUGCCCACCGCAAAGCAGAUCCACGCGCGCCCCUCGCCGUGAUGACCCUCCAAGGCGCCCGCCACUCCCUUCCCCAAUUGGUCGCGCCCCGCCUCUUCGAAUCAGCAGUCCUCGCACACCCCGCCGCCCCCGCCCUCCGUGACGCCGCCCACACCACUUGGCUCACUUACCAACACUUGGAUCAGGCAGCCAAUAAGACAGCCAGAUGCCUUCUGCGGCGUCUUACCAGCGGGCCGUGUGACAACCCCGAUGGUGACAGAGUAGUAGCCGUCUGCCUCCCGCCCUCCUCCCGCCUCGUCACCUGCCUGCUGGCCAUACACAAGGCUGGCGGCGCUUACCUGCCGCUGGAUGUCGCCUUUCCGGCCGGCCGCGUGGCACACAUCCUGAGAGACGCCCGCCCCGCCCUGCUGCUGGUGGAAGCGUCAUGCGAGGCAGCGGAUGUGGCGCAGGAGGAGGGCGUGCCGGUGUUUAACUUCCAAGACCUGCAGGAGGAGGUGGAAGCCAUGAGCGGCGAUCACUUGGGCGAGGAGGAGGUGGGACUGUGCCUCACUGAGGACUCCAUCGCCACCAUCCUGUAUACCUCAGGCUCCACGGGGGUGCCUAAGGGCGUGAGGGUGCCGCAUAGGGCCGUCCUCAACCGCCUGGCGUGGCAGUGGAGGACUUUCCCCUACCAGCCAGCAGAGGUGUGUUGCUUCAAGACGGCGCUCACCUUCGUGGACUCUAUCAGCGAGAUUUUUGGUCCUCUUCUCACGGGUCACAGCCUCGUGGUGGUGCCCAAGGCCAUGAUCCAAGCCGUGGACGACCUGGUGUCUGUGCUGGACGAGGCCAAGGUGGGUCGUCUGGUCCUCGUGCCAAGCCUUCUGCGGUCCAUCCUCCUGCACUGCUCCUCCCCUGCCGCCCCCAAGCUACAGGCACUCAGGUUGUGGGUGUGCUCGGGGGAAGUGCUGCCCGCGGACCUCCUCCAGACAUUUUUCACCACCUUCACCAGCGGCCAGAGUAUAUGCAACUUCUUCGGGUCCACUGAGGUGAUGGGCGACGUGACCUUCCUACAGUUUCACGGGCCCAACGACGCCUCUGCCAAGCUGAUCAACAAUAAGGUUCCAAUUGGCUACCCUAUCGACAACUGCGGCAUCUACCUCCUGGACGCUGAGGGAAGGCUGGUGCGGGAGGGCAAGAGAGGGGAGAUGUACGCCGCUGGCCUCAACACCGCCAAGGGCUACGUGGGCGGCGCGCAGCCUGACAAGUUCAUCGCUAACCAACACACCACUGACCCAGAGUAUGGUGUCCUGUACCGCACCGGGGACUACGCCAGGGUGGUGGACGGCCUGCUGGUGUUCGAGGGACGCGCCGACUCUCAGAUCAAAGUGCGGGGCCAUCGCGUGGACAUGACCGAGGUGGAGAUGGCGGUGAAGAAGGUCGAGGGCGUGGAUAAGGUCACCAUUAUCUGCUACAAACCCGGAGAAGUUGACCAGGCUCUCCUCGCCUUCUACACGAGUAACAGCAAUCCCGCCCUCGCGCCUGACGACCUCAAGCACGCACUGACGAACCUCCUCCAGCCCUACAUGCUGCCCCAGGUGGUCUGCCUUCAAGACUUCCCGCUGCUGGUGAACGGUAAAGUGGACCGUCAGGAGCUGCUCAGGAUGUACGAGCGACGGGCGGCAGAAGGCCUCGAGGAUGUGCAGAUAGACUUGACGGGGGUUCAGUCGGCGGAGGAGGAAGCAAUGGCCAGGGUCUUGCUCCUAACACUUGGUCGCGUGCUGGGUCCCGCCGUGGCUAAAGGAACGACUCUUACUCUCGACUCCAACUUCUUUCACGUCGGUGGCAACUCUCUCAAUUCCGUCCUAGCUGUGACUUCCCUCAAGGACCGCGGCUACACUGUCGGAGUGGGAGAGUUCAUGAAGGCCUCGUCACUGCGGGAAGUCCUACACAGCAUGAGGAAGACGUCACAAGAGGAGGAGGAAGAGGAUGGUGGUAAUGGUGGUAGUGUUUGUUCCCGCUCCAUUACUUCCAAGAAACCGUACAAACUGGAGAGACUUGCCCACAGUCAUAAGGAACAGGUCUUGGACCUCAUCUCCGUCAGCUUCUCUGCCAAGGGCGAUCUGGAGGAGUGGAUUCACACAGAGCCUUGGGAAUACAUCAAGUUAAUCUCCUUCAUGUACGACAAACUGGUGGAGCAAGACCUCAGCUUCGUAUACAUGCGGGAGGGGACGCAGGAGAUGGUGGCUUGUGCUCUCAACUUUGACGUAAGGAAGGAACCGCCGAUUGAGGAAGGAGUUGUGAGCCCGAAACUUACCUAUGUACUGGACUACCUCGAGAGCCAAGAAGCUUCUGCCAGAGAGUUUCUACCUGAGGGAACUGGUCAGGUGAUUCAUAGCUUCGUUAUGGGCACCUUGCUGUCCCUUGGCCCUGCUGAGAACGUCGAAUUGAUACAGAUGAUGGAAGAAGAGAAUCUGGAGCAUGCCAAGAGACGAGGGUUCAAGGCAGUCUUCACCACCAACACGUCUUCCUUAACACAGCAAGUUUGUGACGAUCUGCUGUCCUACAAGGUACUCAAGACCGGCCAGCCCAACAAGUGGGUCGCCAGUGACGGGACGAUGCCUUUCGCUGCCGCCCCGGACUCCCAGCGCACCGUUACCACCGUGAAGUUUAUCUGAGAGUAGCGAGAGUAACAAUUAUGGGUGCGAAUGGCAGAGAAAACGCCGCUAGGGAAUCAGACUCCUUGGUAAACUGAGAGUAGAUUAUUAUGAUGGAAUUAGAACAUUGUGACAUAGCUAAUUAUUAUUAUUACUAUUGUUAUCAUCAUUACUAUUGUUGCUUUUGUUUACUUUCCCAUCUCUCUCUCUCUCUCUCUCUCUCUCUCUCUCUCUCUGGUCAACUCAUGGUACAAUAAUGCACCAGUAACGAGCAAUAAAUCCGUGCCUUCCGUAACACUCGCAGCUUAGUACCUUCUUUUAGCCACGUCAUACAGUGGCCGUUUACAAUAAGCUACCUCAUCACUAACACAAAGGAAUACCAAUGAAGAACAAGUGGCAGCAGACAUGUUGGCGCUCACAAUGCUGUUUGAGAUAGGCUAACUUGAAGUAGUACGAGGUGGGAGAUAGCAAAGGUGAAAGCUUCUCUCCACCUACCGCGCUCUCCACCAGUAACGAAAGAAAGGCUAUGUGAUUUUUCUGUGGUGGUGUUCAGAAGUGAUUUAGAAUUCAAAUGCAUGCUUUUUUUUUUUUUUUUUUUUUUGAGAAUGAAGAGAGUUGUCUUUCCCUCCUUGUGUUGUGAGAUAAGGGAAAGUGUUCAGUAAGCUCACAGCUGGGUUAUUGAGGUCCCAGAUGGGUUAAGGUUACAGCUGGGUUAUUGAGGUCCCAGAUGGGUUAAGGUUACAGCUGGGUUAUUGAGGUCCCAGAUGGAUCAUUGAGGUCACAGCUGAGUUAUUGAGGUCACACUACCCCUUGACCCAGUGUUGGCGAUCUCAGUGGGAGAAGUCAUCGUUUCGGCAGGUGUCUACCAACUGGUGAUGACUGGUAUUCACGAGUUCAUUCCUAGUACGUGACUGGUAAUGACUAGUACACGACAUAAUGACUAGUACGUAUCAAAUUAUUGUUAGUUUGAUCGGUCAUAAUUACUACAUGACUGCAAGUUGAUUUUUAGUACAUGACUCAGUGACUAGUAUAUGACCCCUUAUGACCAGUUUAUGACUAGUGUACACCAGUUCAUUUCCAGAACACGACAGUUAAUUCCUUGUAUAUAAUAGUUAAUUUUCAAUAUGGGACAGCUGCUGACACGCUUUAUUUUUUAGUACAUAACAGAUAAUCAUUAGUUUAAAUUAGUACAUAAGUUUCCAUUACUAGAACCUGACAAUCACUGCUAAUACACGGCUGCUCAAUACCAAGACAUGACAGUCAGUUAGUCGAGGCAAGACAGUCACCCAGAGCAGGAUCCUUGCUACAAUAAUACGAAUUACACAGCCGACAGGAGAACGACAGUGCUGCUGGAGUGUUGGUAACCAUUACAGAGUUAUCCCUCACUUCUAUGGUCGCCUUUUGUUAACGUCACCACUGUAAUGUAUCUGAUAUAGAUGUAAGGAAAGAAGAACAUGUUUAUUUAGUUAUUGCUAAGCUAACUUCGUAUUUCAAGGGACGGUGGUGCGAAAACUUAAUUUCAAAGUUGUACGUGAUCAUGGGAAAGAUCAAGAACAUGUUUAUUUAAUCAUUGUUAAGCUACAUAACUACGUAUUCUAAGAGACUGUGGUGCAAAAACUGUUCAUUUCAAAGCUGUAUGUGAUCAUGGGAAAGAUUUAUUAGCAGUGAGAGGGUUAAACAAACCACAAUACAGUGCGCAAUGUAACUUUGGUGACUUAUUAGACUGCCAGGUUUGCCAAGUUUACCGCAACUGAUGGAAUCUCUUCACUGAAAUGAAACGGUCACUAAAAUAAGUUGAUGUUUUUUUUCAUUUGCAAAACGACUGUACAUAAUAGUUUCCAGUCAUUUUAUUCACUGGCAAAACCAUGAAAAAAAAAGCUAUACCUGAGAUGUGAAGAAAGAAUUAAACAUAUCAAUAAACUCUGCAUGAAUCUAAA